AUGUGGCAUCUCUGUGGAAUAUAUCCUGCUUUGUCUUUUUACCCGGUAUCUACGGCCUCUGUGAGGAAAAAAGCAGUUCCACCUGCUUUGAAGGCCUACCUAGUGGCUUACAACGUCCUCUCCGCUCUUGGAUGGACCUACGUCCUCCUUCUAACACUCAUCCACCUCUUCAACCUCGACGGCAAAUCCGACGUCCUCUAUUCGCCCAACUCGACAACUGCCACCUCUCUGUUGUCCCGUCUGUUUUCCUCAUCCAAGGCUCCCCAGUCGCGCCUUCCUGCCUUCCUUCAACCGAUAUACCAAAGGACCAGCACGACCUUUGCGCGCCUCGGGCCGCAGACGGCGUUCGUACAGAGCUUUGCACUGCUUGAGGUCGUCCAUGCGCUCACUGGGUGGGUGAAAAGCCCUAUCGCGACGACGGCGAUCCAGGUGUCGAGCAGACUCUUCUUGGUUUGGGGAAUUGCGGAACAGUUCCCUGAGGUUCGCUCGAAUCCUUUGUAUACCAGCAUGGUCCUCGCCUGGGCCAUGACGGAGGUCAUUCGCUACUCGUUCUACGCGUGCAAUCUUCUUGGAUCCAACCCUUACCCCCUUCUCUAUCUUCGCUACACGACAUUCUUCAUUCUCUACCCUCUCGGCGCGUCUUCUGAGGCGUUCCUCACGUACGCAACUCUCCCCAGCUCCUCGCCUCUCCCUGGGUGGCAAUCGUGGCUCAAGGGCAUGUGGAAGCCCACAGACUAUGGACGUGCCCUCCUCUUCGCUAUCUGGUGGCCUGGGUUGUAUGUUAUGUACACUUACAUGAUCGCUCAGAGGCGCAAGGUCCUCGGGACCGGCCCCAAGACCCUCAAGACAAAUUAG